AUGAGCUCGUCUAUAGAGACGGAGAUCUUGAACAAGUACAAUCUCACGACACUAUACCCCGCAACCUGGCCAGAGGAGAAGGACGAAGCCGACGAAGAGGAUACGUUCGAUGAGCCGGCACCCAAAGCUACACCACAAGCGAUACGGCGGUCUAAGUCGCGAUAUUCAGUGCUAGAGCCUAGUUCCAGAUACUCACGGCAGGUUCCGGGGGCAGAACGAUCGAAAGAUGGCGUUGAGACGUUGGUACAGAAGGACGAACAGGACCCGCUGGGCAUGUACCCGAGUGUAGUGCAGGUACUGCGGGCGAAGAAUAUUCAAGUCGAGGACGAUAUCAAGCUGCGCAACCGCUUCCUCUUGAGCUCUACUACCUUCUCGCCCUCUCUGUUCCUCUCGCAAGUCCACAAUGAAGCGUCCACCGAUUCCCUUCUCGCUGGUCUUGACUUCCUCUCCCGUUCAAUUGAGAAGAAGUCGGCUUCGCUCAAAGUCCUCGUCGAAUCCAACUUCGAUCGCUUCGUAGGCGCCAAAGCUACCAUCGAUCGUGUAUACAAUGAGAUGCGGGACCAAGGGAAAGAGCAAGUAGAAUCCCCCAAGGCUCUUCAGCCUGGCAGAGAGAGGAGUCGAUCGAGCUUCUCAGGCCGAAAGACGAGCGCGUCUCUGACACCAGCCAUGAUUGACGCUGUACCUACAGAGAAGAGGAAGAAUGCGCUGGUUAAAGAGAGUGAAUACGGAGUACAUGGCAUCAAGGUACCACUGACUGAAGUCGCAGUCAAAGCGGAAGAAGUCUGGGGCCCUGCGCUAAAUGGACGUGAGAGGGAGGAGACUCUCAAAUCUAUUAUGGAGUCUGUCGAACACCAUCGAGGGUUGUUUGAGGUUGGGUCUGCCAUGCAGGACGCCAUACGCCGGAAAGACCACGAAACAAUCACCGAGGAAUACAAGCGCGCGAGAAAGUACGCAGAGGAAGCUCGAUACAUUGUAGAACAGGCAACGUCUGCAAAGACGCAGCUGACUGAUGCGGAGAUACAUCAGGUCAUUGUGACAGCCAGGAUGUGGUCAGACGUUGAGCGGCAAGUUGAACAUUUCAAGCGUGACUCGUGGAAACGCCUGACCGCAGCGCAUUUCACACACCUACAGACCGGAAGUGAGGAGACCAAAUCGGAUGAGUACCUGAGCAUCAUCUCCAUCAUGCUAGAGCUAGGUGUGGAGGACAACCCAAUAUGGGUAUGGUUGCUCUCACGCUACGAACACCUCAAGUUCCAGCUCAACUCCAAAUGCCAACAUUCGCUGGUUGAGAUUGAGAUUCUUCGUCGUCAUCUAGCGAAUGGCGAAAAGCCGAGCAUGCGUAUGCUGCAAAAGCAGCUCCGUUCGGUACCCACUAGCAACAAUGUCAGUGCCGAACCUUCGAAGCUUGACACCCCGAAAGUGUCUGAGUUCUGGGAACACGUGUAUGCGUCGAUGAGUACCCUGCUCUCAAACAAAACUGGACUGCUGGCUGAACUCGUUGAAUACUGGGAGAUUGUCCAGUCGUUCCUCUCUGGUCGCGCCCAACGGAACUUCCCAACAGGUAAUCAUGGCCAGUCGUCUGUCCACCACCGCCUCAGCAGUGAGAACAAAGCCGAGCUCGAGAGAGGAACAACCGAACUUAUCACUAUCCUCCGGGACCACCUAGUCGCGUUCUUCUCCGAUCCUCCCAUCGAGGAUGUCUCCAUGCUCAUGUCACCACUACCUACAAGUCCGACACCAACAACACCAGGCACACCAUUGAGCGCAGCGUUGAGUCCCAAGUCGGCGUCGAGGUUCAGGUUCGAUCCUGCGAAAGCCCCACCACCCUCACCUAGUCGCGGAGAAUCUUGGGAGAAGUAUGCCUUCUGGCCUCCUAAUGCGAAUGCGCUUUCGGGGUCUCACUACUUAUCAAAGAUGCUCGUCUUGAUUAGCACUGCAGCCAAUGAGCUUGCGUCAUUGCAAGUUCCCGAGAUUGGUGGUGGCGGUCGCAUUGACGAAGCACUGCGCAUGUUACUUGGUGGUGUACGCGAACGUUGCGUGCAAGCUGUGUGUGCAGCUUGGAACACUGACGCCGAGAAGUUGAAAGUGCUUGAGGACUGGACUCGUCAUGUUGAUCGCAAAGACACUACAAACUUGCCCCAACGUUUCCUAGCAGUACAAAGCUUUCUGCUCAACAACCUUCAGAAGAUACUGUAUGUUGAGGCAUCAAGCAAAACCAGAGUGGAUGUGGUUGUACCACCGAGCAACAAGCUACUACAGAUGGUCAGAAGCCAGUUCGUCACCAGCUUAUAUAGGACGCUGAGCGGAAUGGUUGAAUGCGCUGAGAAAGGCAGACAAGCUUUGGGUCCCGAAUUCGAGAUCAAGGGCGAUGAUCUUACUAUCGAUGAGCAAGACGACCAGAACGGUAAUGACUGGGGCAGGGUCGACGCCAAUAAGAAGUCUAUCCGCCUCCUCUUAACUCUCGCCAACAUGGCCGCUUUCCAAACAGAGAUAACCCCACAGCUCCUCACUCUCUUCGAGACAUUAUUCAGCGUCCAACUCACCGACGAAACAAAUCGCAUCCGAGACGUCCUCUCCCAACUCGACGCGCAACUUUUCCGCUCCUAUACCAAACCGCACGCCACCAAGAUUCACAACACAAUCGAAUCCGGCAUCUUCAGUCCAAACUGGGCGCCACCACCAGACGCACGAAAGAGCGUAGCAGACCGCGACCCCAGCCCCUACGUCUUCACCGUCCUGCUCGAUCUCGUAAUCGUGCACACAGAAUCCUCCACCACAUCCGCGCCGCUUACCCCACGUAUCCUGCGCGCUCUCUUCGAAUCCACGACCAGUUCCCUCAUCACAACUUUCCAGUCUCCCAACUUAUCGACCAUCUCCCUCCCGCAACUCAUGCAAGCCACACUCGACGUCGAGUUCAUGGCUCAGACGCUAGCUUCGUAUACUACGGAGAAGGCGUCGCAGAUCCAGACUGAUAUCUACCAAGUCUUGGAUCAGAAGACGGAUAAUGCGGCGAGGGUGCGGUUACAAGAUGAACUGGGUAGUUUGAGAGUGAGUCUCAAGAGGUUGAGGGAGGGGACGAAAGUGCAAUUUGCUUGCUUUAGGAGGGUUAAGAGAGGGACGAUAGCAGGUGGUGGAGCGGAACAGGAGGGUGAGAAGAGAGGGAGAUAA